AAAAAUUGGAUAACUGUAUAUAUAUUAAAUACAUGUAUACAUGUAUCGAAUAUUCAUUAUUAUUUCGUAUAAAUAUGUAAAUUAUAAUGAAAAUCAUUUUAAAAAUAUUUUUAAAUCUACUAAAUUUUUAUAAAAAAAACAUAUAUAUAAUAUAUAUUUAAAAGAAAACUCUCAUUUUUUUAUUAUAUUAAAAGUUCUAUUUUAAAAUAUUUAAUUUUCUAGAAGUCAAUAAGUUUUUAUAUUUUAUAUUUGACUCAAAAUCUAUAUCGCAUAACUUCUUCCGACAGUACAUUUUUGUACGUCAUAAAACAUUGUUCUGUAUGAUUGUGUUUCGAGUUAUUGCUUUUUCGAUUAACACAAGUAUUGUGUAUUAAGAAAUGGCAGUGGAUUUGGAUCCAAAUGAUCCUGAAGUACGAUUAUCACAAUUUCUUUAUGUUGGAAAAGAAUAUCCUGAUUAUCAACCUGGAAAUUGGUUUGUUCAUAACUAUUUUUUGGCUAAAAAUGUUCCAUCCAUUGAAGAAUUAGCUGAAAAUACAGAAAAACAAUUAUUACCAAUUCAAAUUAUUAUAAAAGCAUUUGAAAAUAAUCUUGUUCCAAAUCCAGAAACAUUAGUAUUUGCUCUUGCUGUUUGCUGUAGACAAAUGAAAAGUGAAAGUUUACGUCAUGCAGCAUAUGCAAUUUUAAACAAAAUUUGUGUAUUGCCACAACAUUUUAUUUUAUUUAUAAAAUUUGCUUCUCAAAUAAGUAAACAAAAAGAACUUGAUGCAACGAGCAAUUCAAAACAUGGAUGGGGUCAAGGCUUAAGAAAAGCUGUAAAUAAUUGGUAUUUAUCAAAAACACCAAUGGAAUUAGCAAAGUGUGUUACAAGAUACAAAGGCAGAUAUGGUUGGAAACAUAAAGAUAUCAUAAAAUUAUCUCAUCCUGUACCCAAUAAUCUUGGAGGAGAAAUGAUUCUUAAAUAUAUAAUACGUGGUUUAGAAGAAAUGAAAAAAUCAUAUGGAGAAGAUCCUACACUUUCAGAAAUUCUAGAAUAUAUUGAACAUGUUGAAGAUUUUAAACAUUGUACAGAUGAAGUUCGAGCAGCAGGUCUUUUGGAAAUGUAUAAAUUAACAUUAGAUCAUGUACCUGGACAUUUAUUAAAAUCUAAAGAAGUUUGGAAUGCAUUAAUACCAUCAAUGAAUUUAAUUCUGCUUUUGACCAAUUUGCAAAGAAUACAUAAUCUUAAAUUAUUAAAACCAUCUUCACCAACAGUCUCUAAAAUAAUAGAUCAAAUCACUAAUGAAGAGAAUAUUGCUAGAGAUAAAGUUCAUCCAGCUUUGGUAUUGGUUACAAUAAGAGAUUAUGAAAAUUCUGGAAAACCACUAACAUAUGAAAAAAGAAAAAUUAAAGAACAAUUUGAGAAACCAUUACCAAUUCCAUCUAAGCCAAAUUCUAAAAUCAUUGAUGCUCUUUAUAAAAUGUUGAAUCUUUCAUUUCUUUACAUACAACCAACUGGUUUACGUUAUAUGAUAACAAUUAAUAUGAAUAAAGUAAUGGUAGAAACACAUACUUGGCGUAGCGGUAAUAUAAAUGGUGCAGAAGCAGGAUGCAUAAUUGCACUUGCACUUCUUCGUAGUGAGAAGAAUGUCACUAUUGCCACAUUUAAAAAUAUUGGAAUUCAUGUUAUGAAUAUUGACAAAACAGCUUCUUUUGGUCAAACUAUGAAAAGACUACAACAGAUGCCUGUUGGAAAUGUAAAUUUGGGUAAACCAAUGUCAUGGGCUGCUCAUCAGAACAAUAAAUACGACGUAUUUAUUAACGUUGUAGAUCAAAUAUUAGAAAAAUCUGAUGCAUCUGAAGAGGCUCUUCAGGCAUAUAAAACAAAACUUAAACUUACAAAUACAAAAUUAAUAAAUUGUGCUGUAUGUUCUUCAUCAACUUAUCGCAAACAAAAAAUUGACAGAAGUAUUUUAACAAUUAAUGGUUUUGAUGCUAGUGUUCCUGUAGUUAUACAAGCUUUUGCAAAAUCUUUGUUUUAGUUACUGUAUACAUAGCAAUUUCUUAUUUGGCAAGCAGUACUAGCUAAACAAUUAUUACGCUUUUAAAAUGACAUUAAUUUGAUUCUUAAACAAAUAAGUCUAAAAUAAUUUUUGUGAGAUCAUUAAUUAAGAAAUACUUCGAAAUACUUAGAUUACAAUCAAAUUCAUAAAAUAGUUUUAAAUAAUUUGUAAAUGUUGCUAGUCUGAUACUUGUAUAACAAUCAGAGCAUGCACUUGUUGAACCAAGUACUAUAAAAUUUUUAAAUUAGAAUUAAAAUCACCAUCAAAGCAUGGCUUUUUUCAUAUUUGUAAGUAUCAUAAAAAUUGGUAAGUAAUUCAAAAUUUUUUAUUUAUCAAAAAUUUGCUAUGAAAAUGAAGAAAAUAAUUUUAAUCAUAAUAUUUGACUAUUCAAAGAAAAAAAAUACAUAUUUAAAUAAUAUAUUAAACAAAAAAGAUUUUUUUCCAUAUUGUUUUUGUUGUUAAUAUUGUCAAUUGACAUUAAUUAACUUAAUAUACAAAAAUACUAUACUCACGAUAAAUUAAUUUUUUUUUCUAUUUAUUCAAAUUUAAUAUGAUGAAACAAAGGAUAAUUUGAUUAUUCUUCAUUAUUAACUGGUAUUUUCUCAUAUUAAUACUAACACAUUGAUAUUAAUAAAUAUUUAUUGCAUGUUUUUAGUAUUUAGGAUGAGCUGUGUAAUUUUCAUUUUAUUUGCCUUUUAUUUGUCAAAGAGUGGUCCAAUAAAUUUUGUAAAUAUUUACUUAAAAGAAUGACAUAUUGAUAAAUGAAUCAAUAAUUUACAAGAAAAUAAAUGUGAUACAUCUGUGAUUAUCAAUUUGAUUAUAUAAAGAAAAAUGUUUGAAAUGCUAUGGACCACCUUUUAUUAUUUAGAAAACAAUUAAAUAUUUACUAAUUUAUUGCUUAAUAUUUGAUAUAAUUAGUUGCGCAGCUAAAAUUAGAAUAAGAAUUAGAUACAAAACAAGUAUCUUAACAUAAGAUGCAUUUUUGACUAAUGAUGAAAAAUACUUUUAUUUUAAUAUAUUAAUGUAUUGCCUGCUUAUUUCCACUGGUUGAUGGUAAAGCUUUCUGUAACAUCUUUAAUAAGAGAUAUAAAUAUAAUGUGAUUUUUAAGAUACUUUUUGAAGACUGGUGUGCUUCUGGAAAUUCCAAUAAUUAAAAAAAAAAAGAGAAUAGGAUGUUGAAAAAUUUCCCACUGUGAUAUGCAUUUAGCCCCAAAGAAUAUAGAUUUACAUUAGUAUAAUUUUACUAUUAUAUUUGCCAUAUCCAAAGUAAAUGUGACAAAUACUAAAUACAUUACUAAUAUAAUACUGUGAUACAGAUUGUUAUUGUUCAAACUAGAUGAAAAAGUAAGUAAACCAGAGGCACACCAUGUAUUUGCUUCAUUUGUUAAUUAGUAUCUAUUAGCACAUCAAUUUUUCUUAAAAUUAAAAAAUAUGACACUAUCUAUAGAUACCUCUGCUUCUAUUGCGAUCCUUGAAUUACCUUUAUGAAAUCCUUUGAUUUUCAAAGUGAAAAAGUUUUUCUUAAGAAAUGUUGCAAAAAAGUACGACGUGGAUAGAUACUCAGGUUUGACAAAUAUUUAAAUUAAGUGCUUAAAUAUUCACGUGUUCUUUGCAGCCUAUUCGGUAAUUCAUAGAUCGAUAUUAGCUAUAUAUUAUAAAUUUUAAAAUAUAACAAAGUCUUAGUUUCUUAUAUAAAAAAAAAUAAAAUUUGAACAAAAUCAUGUUUGUAGCAUAGAAAAUAUUAUAUUAGAGAUUAAAUUUUUUCAAAAUAUAUUCUGAAUGUAAUUUUCAAUCUUAGUUGCGCGACAUCUUAAUAAUAAAAAUCUUUACGAAUUAUCAGUUCUUAAAAAUAUUUUUAGAUAAAUUUUCAUAAUAGAUAUUCAUGACAUUUUAUAUUGCACUUGAAAAUAUUAUUUAUAUAUAUUAAGUGACUAGAUUGUAUCAUCUUAUAAAGGGAAUUUCAUAAUAGAUAUUCAUGAUGUUUUAUAUUGUAUUUGAAAAGAUUAUUUAUAUUAAGCGGUUAGAUUGUGUCAUUUUGUAAAAGAAAAAAAAAUAAUUUUUUUUUACAAAAAUACUCUAAAAAUAGAAGAUAAAACAUUUAAUAUAGUCGCGCAUCUACUUAUUAUUUACUCUUUAUAAAUAAUAGAACAUAUCAACUACAUUUAUAUUUGUAGUUGAUUAUAUUCAUUGAUAUCAUACAAAGUAAUGAAUAUUAAAUAUCAAGUUUUUAUCUAACGAUCGAAAAGAAACAUUAAAAAUAUUAAAUUUUUAAAAUAAUCUUAAAUUAUAUUUUAUCACUGUCAUUUUAUAACUGCCAUUUUUUAUUACGUAUUAAAUUUCACAAUUUUUAAUUAACUUGAUAACGGUACUAAAACUUAUAGCUAUUAAUAUUGGAAUUAAUCGUCAAGGGAUAUUAAUAUUUUUUUAAUGUCUUUAUUAUAAUUAUAAAGAAAAUUUCUUUUCGAUCGUAUUUCUUUUCGAGCGUAAAUUAGACAUGUCAUUGUCUAUUGUAAGAAUACGUCCAAAAUGUAAAAAAGAAAAAAAAUUCACAAGAAGAUUGUAAGAACAGCGAAGACUAUCUAAAAAAAAUAUGUGAACUUAUACUUCUCUUCUAAAACUCAGGUUGUGCUGUUCUAUUUCAUGAAAAUAUGAAAAACAAUAUAUUAAAUGUGUUCAUGCUAGUUAAUAAAAAAAGAAAGAAAUAUUUACCAUAAAAAAAGAGCAAAUAAAAAAUUCGAGAUUUCAUAAUAAACAAUAUAAUGCAUGUCAAGAUAAAAAAAGAUAUAUAGUAUAGAUAUAUAAAUAUAUAGUAUAAUAUUAUCUUGAUUGCAUUACAUAUUUCUUAUUCAAGCAAAAUUAGCUUCCUCAUAAAAAAAUGAUCUGAUAUUUCGAUCUGAAACAUUUAAUUUUCAUUAGGAAGCACAAAUUACUCAUUUUAUGAAUAUGUAUUCAUAUAAAUAUUUUUUAAUUAUCAAAAUUUAAAAAUAUAUAUAAUUGUAAUAUUUUUUAAGAUUAGGUUUAAAAAAAAAAUCUGUAAUUGCAUUUUUAGUGCUGCACUUUGAUGAUUUGCAAAAAGAAUGUUUAAUGUUUCUUAUAAAUCUUUUGAAACAAUCAAACAAACAUUAAAUUUUUAUAAAAGAAGUAACAAGAUAUCUCUUCUAUAUACCGAAUAUAUCAAUUCACAAUAGAACUGCACUAAUUAUGCACAAAAAUUAAAUUAUUUAAUUUGUGAAUUAUAUAGAAUGGUUAUUUUUUGGUUUUAUAUUUCUUUUAUUAAAAAAAAAAGGUAUACUAAAUUGUAUUCAUUUGAUUAUUUUUAUUAUAUAUAGAUAUCAGCUAUUUAUUAUUCAUUUUGAUAUCUAUUAUAUUCAUAAAUGAUUAUUCAAAGAAAAUAUAAAAUCGAUAAUGUCCAAUAAUUUGUUCUUGUGCUAAUUAAUUAUUUGCGAUAUAACAUUUUUUAUUAUGUGCUUGCGUACGUUGAUCGAGAAUAGUAUUAUUAUUUUUUAAUUCUAUAUUUAUCAUAGUUAUUUAUCUAAAUUAUAAAACCAAAUUAUAAGCUAUAAAGAAAAAUCAAAAAUUAAUUACAAAAGAUUCUAUUACAAAAAAUGGUUGUUAUGGAAUUUCAAUAUUGUUUUGUACCUAAAUAGUUUGUAAAUGUGAAAAAAGUAUUUAGUGACUGGAUCGCUUCAACAAACGAAAAAUUAGAAAGAUAAACAAAAGAAUAUGUUAUAUUAUUAUUACAUUUGUUAAUAUUAUAUUUCGAUAAAAUACACAAUAGACAUUUAAAACUAAGAAUUAAUUCUUUCAAUAAAUUUUAAACUGUUUUUGUUAUAAUAUUAAUAUAAUAUCUUUGAAUAAAAUUUUUUCUAAAUCUA